GAAAAAGACUAGUUACCCAACCUCACAUAUCAUUUUACUAAUUCCCAAUCACCGUCUUUGAUGAGGAUCACAGGUGCUUAUCAAAGACACAACAAGAUCCUCUCUUCCUUCCACUUCUCUUCCUCAAUCCAUGCAUGAAAUCAUUCAAUUGGUGAGUUUCUUUGCCUCUGCAAAAGGAAACUGAAAAGAAAAUAACUGAAGCCAGCUUGCUUUGCUUUUCCCCCCCUUAAGGCCAAAAGCUCCUUAAUUUUCUCCCACCCUUUUCCCUCUCCCUCCUCACUUUUUCUCUCUCAACCAUGACACCCGAUGAAACCCCACCUCCAAAGGCCACAACUACAACAACAAAAGACAAUGACAACCAAGGAUCCGGUGGCCGGAAAAACUCCUCCACGAAACCCCAAGAGCAAGGCCUCAAGUGCCCAAGAUGUGACUCACCCAACACCAAAUUCUGCUACUACAACAACUAUAGUCUCACACAGCCAAGGCAUUUCUGCAAGACGUGUAGAAGAUACUGGACAAAAGGUGGAGCUUUGCGAAACGUGCCUAUAGGUGGGGGGUGCAGGAAGAACAAGAAGGUAAAGUCAUCAAGGCUCUCAUGUGACUCCAAAGACUCUGCAUCCUCUUCCGACCUUGGUGGCCUCAAGUUCCUUCAUGGUCUUUCUCCUUCUAUGGACUUUCACCUUGGAGGGUUACCCUUCCCUAGGCUGAAUCAUCAUCCUCCAAACACUUCCAUCUAUAACCAGUUCUCCUCUUUUGGAGACACUUCUAGUGCUUCUUCACCUUUCAACCUCGAUCCUUCUUCUGCUGCCUCAAAUCCCUUGGCUGCAAUGAAUUACCCACUUUCUUACAAUGGUGCAAUCCAAGGCAUGAGCUCCAUGAACGUUCACACUACCCUUGCUUCUUCCAUUGAGUCAUUGAGUUCUAUAAAUCAGGACUUGCACUGGAAGUUGCAGCAGCAGCGAUUGGCGAUGCUGUUUGGUGGAGAUCAUAGCCAGAAAGAUAGUGGGGUGGUGUCAACGGUUAACCAGCUUGAGAACCAGACCCAGAAGCCUCAACCCAUUUUGUUUCAGAAUCUUGAGAUCUCAAAGCCAGGGAGUUUCCCCGUUGGGAGUUCCAGAAAAGAACAAGGGCCAAGUGGGGACACACCAUCUACCGAGUGGUUCUUUGGAAACUCUUAUGCCUCAGUGGCUCCUACACCAACAACCACUAGUGGUGGCCCUGCGAAUGAUAAUGCAAGCAAUUGGAGUAGUGGUGUCCAUGCUUGGGGUGAUGUGCAGCAGCAAUAUAGUGCUUUGCCCUAGCUAGGUGUGAAGCCAAGAGGAAGGAUGAAAAAGACUAAGAGGUAGAGUGGUAGAGCUUUUCUUAUAACUUUUGGAAGAAAUUUAUAGGCCAACUCUGAUAAUUAAAUGUGUUAAAACUCCUUUAGAUAUAUGUUAGUUAUGUCACUCUUGUUCUUUACCUUGGCAUCAAAAGGAACAUAUAUGUAACAGAUGGUAAAAUUAAGAUCAUAAUGUGUUCAUACACCCUUCAAUUUCAGCUAGAUGUUCAUCAUUUGUCUAUAUUCUUAUUUCUUUGUUAAUAUUAGAUGGUACGCUGUGCCCUCCAUUUCUUCAGCUUAUUAUUGCAUAUUGAAUUCACCCCUUU